CCGAAAAUCAUCAACAAGCAGCUCGAAGAAGCAACAGCCAAUACACACAGCGCACACCACUGCACCAACCUCACAACACACACACACACACACACACACACACACACACACACACACACACACACACACACACACACACACACACAAUGAGCGAAGCGAAGCCAGUCACAGCAGCUGCUGAGGAGCCAAAGGCGGAACAGGAUGCUAGCGCACCCUCCAGCAAGAAAUAUGAAUAUCUCGACCACACAGCAGACAUUCAGGUUCACGCUUGGGGUGAUUCGCUGAAGGAGUCCUUUGAACAGUGUGUUGUCGCCAUGUUUGGAUAUAUGACGGAAUUGGACAAGGUUGACAUUGACACUGAGAAGACGUCCGAGCUUGAGGUCUCAGGGACAGACCUACUGUCACUGCUGUUUGCGCUACUGGACGAGUUUCUGUUUCGCUUCAGUGCCGAAGACUUUCUUGUCUGCAAGCGCGUGGAGAUUGUGGAGUUUGACACCACCAACUGGAAGAUCCGCGUCAGGGGAUAUGGAGAGCCGUUUGAUUUGGCCAAGCAUCCGCAAGGGACGGAAAUCAAGGCCAUCACAUACUCGAACAUGCAAAUUCACGACGACCAGCCCACGCAUGACGUGUAUGUGAUUCUCGACAUCUGACAUUGUUGUGUUUGUUCAAAGUUGCAUCAUGAAAUUUGGAAAGAUCAGGAAGA